GGGAGGGAUUUGCUCACUAUGCUGUCUGCAAUCCCAUUCCCGGGCCCCACCUCUGUCCUAACUAGGCCCUCUGUGCGUUUUAAGUCAUAGCUAGUGCGUAUCGCUAGGCUUGUGCUUAUUAUUACAAGCAUUUUCAGGGGCCUCUUCUUGCCGCAGCCCUGCGCGCUGUUUUUCCAAUAUCAUGCUCAUAGACUGACAUGGGAGGUGUUUCUUUCUCCAUAGUCUCGGCAUCUCAGUCUCUCCACCCCCAGCCCCGCUCAGUGCUGCUGCGCUCCAGCCCGCGGUGAUAAUAAGAUACCAGGACACAAAAUGGCGCACAGCUGUCGGUGGCGGUUCCCUGCUCGGCCCGGGACUGGCCGGAGGCUGGGGGCCCGGUACCGAUUAUCGGCUGUACUCAUAGACGAUGCGAGCGAAUACAGAACCAAUCUUGGCGCCUCUGGAAACGUCGGCGCAAGCUCUGCGGGCACGUUGGCCCCCGGGGGCCCAGGGAAUUGUUUGGGGGUUGCACCCGGGUUUGAUGCAGCGCUGCAAGUGUCGGCGGCGAUUGGAAACAACUUGAGACGAUUUAGGGACGUGUCCGGAGGAAGCAGCGGAGAGGAGGAACAGUUCCUAGGCUUUGGUUCAGAUGAGGAAGUUAAAGGUUGCAGCCCUGCAACAUCACCCAAAGAUCAGACCGCACAAAAAAAACCUCGUGGUAGACCCCGCAACAGUCUGUCCCGGAGUUCUGAUGCAUCAUCCAAUCUUGCAGAAAACAACAUAGCAACCCCAAAUAAACAGGAUACCAGACCUUCAGAUAAAGCAAAAAGGGCUGAGACCAAAACAGAAGAGAAAAAACGGGGAAGACCUCCAGCACAUGGGAAUGUUAAGUUCAAAAUGCCACAGGAGAAAAGGGAUGGCACUGAAUCUAUCAAAGCCCCCUGUGAAGAAAAAUCAAAAAGGAGAAAACCAUCUGCCACAUUCCAGCAUGUUGUCAAAAUAAAGAAGCUCAGAGCAGGCAAACUAUCUCCUUUGAAGUCAAAGUUCAAGAGCAAUAAAUUAAAGUUGGGUAGAAAAGGAGGGGUCUCCAUUGUCCGGAGGCGUGGAAGACCACCAUCUUCAGAAAGGUUCAAGACAGACCUGCAUGGAUCAUUUGUAAAGCAGGUUCCUACAGAGAGAAAUCAACGGGGUAAUAAGGAUGGGUCGCCACAGCCUUCCAAAGAAGAUACCAGAGUGUCAGUAAGGCAGAGCCCACGUAGAAUGAAGCCUGUGAGGAUAAUUCCUUCCUCCAAGAGGACAGACACUGCCAUUGCCAAGCAACUUUUGCAGAAGGCCAAAAAGGGGGCUCAGAAAAAAAUGGAGUUGGAAGCAGCAAAACUUCAAGGCCGCAAAGGUGGGACACAGUUAAAGAACAUACGUCAGUUCAUUAUGCCUGUAGUUAGCACAGUCUCAUCCCGUAUCAUCAAGACGCCAAGAAGGUUCAUUGAGGAUGAGGACUAUGAACCUCCUAUAAAGAUUGCUCGUUUAGAAUCAGCCCCCAAUGGUAGUCAAUUUAGCACAGCCUCAUGUGGAUCUAGUGAGAAGUCAAGUGCUGCAUCUCAGCAGUCUUCGCAGGCCACCUCAGAUGACUCUCGCUCUAGCAGUCCUAGUAUAGACACCUCAACAGAGUCUCAAGUCUCAGAGGAGACACCAGUUGUGUCUGAGCCACAAGGACGAGUUGCUGAGACCAUAUCAGUCCCAACCCAACAACAACCUUUAGAAAGCAAUGGUGUAAGGACCCGAAGGUUUCCCGUCUGCAAUAAGAAUUUUAGUUCCAGGCCCUCUAAGAAGAUAAUUUUACGUCCAUCUUUUCAGCAGAAGUCCUCUCUUUGUCCUCCACCCCCACUACUAAAUCCUCCCACACCUCUACAGCCUUCUGUCAGCCUCCCUGAUCACACACCUUGGUUAAUGCCUGCUAUUCCUAUGGCUACACCUUUUAUCUCUGCCUCACGUAUGCAUGAGAAACGAAGGUCUAUACUACGGGAACCAACUUUCCGCUGGACUUCCCUAAAACAUUCCAGACUAGAGUCUCAGUACGUUUCUUCUGCUAAAUACGCCAAAGAAGGUCUCAUAAGGAAACCAAUCUUUGACAAUUUCAGACCACCUCCUCUGACUCCAGAGGAUGUAGGAUUAGCUACUGCAUCAGGAUUCCCUUCACAUUCUGUUGUGGGCCCAGGAAGGCUUUUUUCACAUAUCCAUUCUUCAGGUGCUAGGUUUGAUGUGCACAAAAGAAGCCCACUUCUUCGUGCACCCAGGUUCACGCCUAGUGAAGCACAUUCUCGCAUAUUUGAAUCAGUCGUCCUUCCACCUUCUGCUGGUCGCUCCAGUGGGACACCUUCCAUGAUGGGCAUGUCUCGGAGAAGUAAAAAGAGGGUCUUUAAUCCCAUCCGCAGCUCUGAGCCUAAAUCACCAUCUCACUCAAUGAGAACACGAAGCAGGAGAGUAAGCAGUUUGUCUGUGCUUACGUCACCUUCCUCCACUUCACUUACAGAUAUUUCAGUGAGUCCCCUUGCCACCAGUGCCUUAAACCCUAGUUUCCCUUUCUCUUCCUCUUCGGUGACUCCAGCAUCUGUAGAUAUUGCAGAGAAAAUGCAGAAACCGCGAAAACCAACCAGCACUCCUGUAGAACAUUUCUCUUCUUCACCCAGCAGCUCUCCCGCUCUCUUCCCUUGGUUCCCUUCAAGCGUACAGAUGGAGAGAGGGAAAAGUAAAAACAGGGGAUCAGUGGAAGCUUCCAAAGAAAGGGACGUUGAGAAAAACAGGGAGAAAGACCGUGAGAAAGAAAAUUCCCGUGAUUCUAGGAGGGAUAAACGAAAAAAGAACUCGGACUGUGUGUGUAAAAUAAGCAGAGAGAGAAAUGAUGAAGAGGGAAUCAUGACUACCACCCAGAUUAAAACGUCGGGGAGAAAGAAGCCUGCCACAGUGGAAUCCAAAAUAAAUCUUUCCCCAGCCGCAGUCCAUACAGAUCAAAUGCCUGCUAAAAACAAGAUAUCCAAAAAAAGCCGGGCAGUAAGUGAAAAACCCCAGCUAGAUACCUGUGCCAAAUCUCCAACAGCAGAGACUCCAGCACAUCCCCCAGCCCAAACUGUGAGUGCUCUAAAAACUCCCUCUACAUCUAUUAGCUCUAUGCUGGCUCAAGCAGACAAGUUUUCUGUCUCUGACAAACACGUGGCUACUCUUCUUAAAAAGGCAAAAGCCCAGCUGUAUAAGAUUGAGAAAAGCAAGUUCCUGAAACAAACAGACCAGCCCAAGGCUCAGGGUCAAGAAAGUGACUCUUCUGAGGCAUCUGUUCGCGGUCCCAGGAUAAAACAUGUUUGCAGACGAGCUGCUGUGGCCUUGGGACGCAAAAGGGCAGUUUUUCCAGAUGACAUGCCCACAUUGAGUGCCUUACCUUGGGAGGAGAGAGAGAAGGUCCUGUCUUCCAUGGGAAAUGAUGACAAGUCCUCCAUUGCUGGGUCAGAAGAUGCUGAUCAGCCAGCUCCACCACUCAAACCCAUCAAACAAAUUACACGCAACAAGGCACAGCAGGAGCCUCCUGUGAAAAAGGGACGCAGAUCUCGGCGCUGUGGACAGUGUCCAGGCUGCCAGGUUCCUGAUGACUGCGGCAUAUGUACUAACUGUCUUGAUAAACCUAAAUUUGGUGGACGCAACAUAAAAAAACAGUGUUGCAAGGUGAGGAAAUGCCAGAACUUGCAGUGGAUGCCAUCUAAGGCUUAUCUUCAGAAGCAAGCUAAAGCUGCAAAGAAGAAAGAAAGAAAAUGCAAGGUGACUGAAAAGAAAGAGUUGCCACCUGUUAAGAGCCCUACAGAACUCGUCUCAGUCUUUGGUACCAGCUCUCCCCCUGUACAAGAAGAACCUUCAACCCCAUCUCUGCAUCAAAAAAAAAAUGAGCCUCCCAGGAAACAGACUGAGGAUAAAUCAGAAGUGCAGAUACCUGCUGUGUCCACAAGCGAAACCAAACAAUCCCAGAAUUCCCGUAAAACCACCAAGCAGCCUCCUUCACUGCCUUCCACUACCCCUUUAUUGGCACCAGCAACCACCCCACCACCUGCAAAGAAAGAUGCUCCUAAACCAGCUCCUCCUGAAUCUAGGAAAAAGCAGCCUCCAGUGCUCCCAGAAAACACCUCAACUGAACAGAAUAAACAGAAAAAGUUGGCAAUGAGGCUUGGGGCUCUGCUGAAAUCUAAAGGAAAGGAGAAGGACAAGCCCCAACCUCCCAGCAAGCCUGAAGUAAAUUUUAACCUCCUGAAUACUUCAUGUAAUGGUGGAACCGCCAAACAAAAGCUGCCUUCUGAUGGGGUACACAGAAUUCGUGUAGAUUUUAAGCAUGAUUGUGAAGUAGAGAACAUAUGGGACAUGGGAGGCAUCAACCUGCUAACAACUGCACCUGUCACGCCACGCGUAGUCUGCUUUCUCUGUGCCAGCAGUGGGCAUGUUGAGUUUGUUUAUUGCCAAGUAUGCUGUGAACCAUUUCACCGGUUCUGCCUAGAGGAGAAAGAGAGACCUUCUGAAGACCAGCUUGAAAACUGGUGUUGCCGUCAUUGCAAAUUUUGUCAUGUAUGUGGGAGACAGCAGCAGGCUACCAAGCAGUUACUGGAGUGUAAUAAGUGCCGUAACAGCUACCAUCCAGAGUGCCUCGGACCAAAUUAUCCUACCAAACCCACCAAGAAGAAGAGAGUGUGGAUUUGCACAAAAUGUGUGAGAUGCAAGAGCUGUGGUUCCACUACACCUGGGAAGGGCUGGGAUGCACAGUGGUCACAUGAUUUUUCCCUGUGCCAUGACUGUGCCAAACUGUUUGCUAAGGGAAACUUCUGCCCUUUGUGUAACAAGUGUUAUGAUGAUGAUGAUUAUGAAAGCAAGAUGAUGCAGUGUGGGAAGUGUGAUCGCUGGGUACAUUCCAAAUGUGAGAACCUGACAGAUGAAAUGUAUGAGAUUCUCUCAAAUCUUCCGGAAAGUGUGGCCUACACUUGUAUAAACUGUACAGAGCGGCACCCUGCUGAGUGGAGGAUGGCACUGACAAAUGAACUCCAAGCCUCUCUCAGAUAUGUGCUAACAGCUCUUCUGAAUUCCCGUACCUCCAGCCACCUGCUGCGCUGUCGGCAGGCAGUAAAACCUCCUGAUUUAAACCCAGAACCAAAUGACAAUAUGCCAUCCCAUUGCUCCUCUGAAGGACCAGACCCUCCUGUUCUGACUCAGGUCAGCAAAAAAGAUGAGCAGCCACCUCUUGAUUUGGAGGGAGUGAAAAGGAAAAUGGACAACGGCAAGUACACAUCAGUGCUGGAGAUGAGUGAUGACAUUGUGAGGACAAUCCAGGCUGCUAUGAAUGCAGAUGGGGGCCAGCCAGAGCUGAAGAAGGCCAACAGUAUGGUGAAAUCCUUCUUUACAAGGCAAAUGGAGCGUGUUUUUCCAUGGUUUAGUGUGAAGAAAUCCAGGUUUUGGGAACCUAACAAAGUUACUAGCAACAGCAGCAUGUUGCCUAAUGCAGUGCUUCCUCCAUCAUUGGAUCACAACUAUGCUCAGUGGCAGGAAAGGGAAAACAGAUUGGCGAUGCAGCCGGUGCUGAUGAAGAAAAUAAUCCCUGCUCCAAAACCUAGAUCUCCAGGGGAUCCAGAGUCUCCACAGCCAGUACAACCAUCAACCCCACCAGCACCAACCACAGAGCAUAACAGGGAAGAAAGUCCAGAACUUUCUCCUCCACCAGGGUUGGAAGAUAACAGGCAGUGUGCUUUGUGCCUGAAGUAUGGUGAUGACAAUGCUAAUGAUGCUGGUCGGCUGCUUUAUAUAGGACAAGAUGAGUGGACACAUGUAAAUUGUGCCUUAUGGUCAGCAGAGGUAUUUGAAGAUGACGAUGGCUCUCUCAAAAAUGUUUACAUGGCUGUUAUCAGAGGCAAGCAGCUGCGUUGUGAGUUGUGCCUAAAGUUGGGUGCCACAGUUGGCUGUUGCCUAACUUCUUGUACUAGCAACUACCAUUUUAUGUGUUCCCGUAAAAAGAACUGUGUAUUCUUAGAAGACAAAAAGGUUUACUGUCAGAAACACAAGGAUUUAAUUAAAGGAGAGAUUGUUUCGGAUAAUGGUUUUGAGGUCCUAAGAAGAGUUUAUGUUGAUUUAGAAGGGAUCACCUUACGCAGAAAGUUUCUAAAUGGAUUGGAACCAGAGAAUAUCCACAUAAUGAUUGGUUCCAUGACCAUUGACUGCCUUGGAAUUCUGACUGAUCUCUCAGACUGUGAAGAGAAACUUUUCCCCAUUGGAUAUCAGUGUUCACGUGUUUACUGGAGUACAACAGAUGCCCGAAAGCGCUGUGUGUAUACAUGCAAGAUUCUUGAGUGUCGCCCUCCACCUGCUGAUCCUGAUAUUAAUAGCACAGUACAACAUGAGGAGAACCGCACAAUUGUACACAGCCCUCCAAGCCUCCCUAGUGAUGUACAGGAAAAUCAGAGCACAGAUGGUGUAAAAUGUAUAGAGACCCUUUGCCUCCCAUCUCCGGAUUCAGUCAGUGCCUCCUCAGCUUCUAAACCCUGGGAAGUGGCACGACCUCCUGGAUGUAGAACCCAUAUUCCUCGUCAUUCCCAAACACGAAGAUCACCUGGCUCUCGACCUCUGCCGUCAGCUGGGAGUCCAUCUCCAGUUACACAUGAGAUUGUGACUGUUGGGGAUCCACUUCUAUCUUCUGGCCUACGCAGAAUUGGUUCAAGAAGGCAUAGUUCCUCCUCUUUGUCUCCCCAGCAGCAUAAGAAACUAUUCACCCCUCAUCCACAGACCGACACAUAUAGAUUUUGCCAGCCCCUUCAAGGUAUCGUUGUAAACUCUCUUGAAAACAGUGGAAAUGGAGACCCUGUGUGUAUGGGACUAUCUGCAGUAUCAAGUAAGAAUAAUACUUCCUCUAACAUUGGCCAAAAAGCCAUAGAAUGCAAACUGGAUAAGGCACCAGAAGCAAGACGAGCUGGUCUUGAAAGCCCUCCAAAAGUCUCCACCACCAAAACAGAUAAGGUAAAAUCAGCUAGUCCCAGAGUUGCUGAUCCUUCCACUCCGCAUCCAGGCACCAAUGUUUCCUCUCAAGUGCAGGAGAUGACGACAGGUGCUAACAAAAAUAGAGCUGGACAUCUGAAGGACAAUUCUCUAGCACUUUUAAACUUUAAAACCUCAUCCAAUCUACAGCACCAGAAAGUAAUAAGGAGAGAGAAUGAUCAACUAGCAGUCCUAACACAAAGUGACACACCUUCAUUGGAAAAGGGAAAGAGUUCCCAAAUUCUUGCAAGCAAUCAUGGGAUCUCUGUCCACAAAGAUAAAAAAGUAAAAACCAAGAGGUCCCUGCUAGACAAUUCAAAAGAUAAACAUUCAAGUAAACCCCCUUCUGACAAUGAGCAUGCACCAGACAAUAGACUUAAUGAACCAGACACUAAUGGCAAUCAUAUUUUAUCUGACACUGUGAGCUUUAGAGCACACACACUUAAAAAACCUGUGGACAAUGGUAUAUCUUCUUCAGGCAGCUCACAAUCAGAUGAGCCUUGUCCUGGGAAGCUAGUUCAGACAAAAAGGGGGAUAGAUGGAGGAUGUAUAAUAGAAACUGAGAAACAAACUUCAAGUUCUACUAAUCAGUCUGCAGAAUCAACUGACAGUGAAAAACAUAAGUGUGCUUCUGAUGGCACAGGAGGUGUGCCAAUAAGUCAAACUAAUGUAAAUGCAGGUUCUGAACCCCAAACCGGCAGUGCAUACCCUAUUCAAGAAUCCAGUUUAGUCCAUCAAGAUGGAAGCAAAACUCAGGAGGAUGGCUCCUAUAAAAGGAGAUAUCCAAGGAGGAGUGCCAGGGCACGAUCAAACAUGUUUUUUGGACUUACCCCACUAUAUGGAGUGCGUUCUUAUGGUGAGGAAGACUUGCCCUUUUGUAGUAGUACUCCUGGAAAAAAAAGAGGAAAGAGGGCAGCUGAAGGGCAGGUCGAUGGUGCGGAUGACAUAAGCACAUCUGAUGACGAUGAUGUAUAUUACUAUAACUUUUCUAGAACAGUGGUAACUCCUGGAGAUGAAAGAUUGGGCAUUCACCCCUUGUUUAGACAAGAUGAUCAGAGAGAUCUUCACAAGAUUCCACAGCUUGAUGGAGUUGAUGAUGAAGCAGAUAGUGAUACGAGUGUUACUGUCACAAAACCCAACCAAGCAGGCAAAAGAAGCAGCAAACAAAAUGGAGCAGAGAAGCUGCAAACGCCAGAGGGACCGUUAGAAAAAUCUCAUGUAGGCAAGGGUCAAAAAGCAUCAGAGCCAAAAAUAGAAAACUGUCACCCAGUAAAGGAGGAUCCCCUUGAAGCACAGCUGGCCUUGGAUACUCCACGUAGGGCCCAUAGUGGGGCUGAAAAGAAUUUGUUGGAUACUUUUAACUCUGACCUACUUAAAUCUGACUCUGAUAAUAACAACAGUGAUGACUGUGGAAACAUACUACCCAGUGAUAUAAUGGAUUUUGUGUUGAAAAAUACACCAUCCAUGCAAGCUCUCGGGGAGAGUCCAGAAUCCUCUUCAUCUGAGCUUCUGACAUUAGAUGAUGGUUUGGGCCUGGACAAUAACCGUGGCAAAGAAAUGGGCUUGUUUGAGGUCUUCUCCCAGCAAUUGCCCACAUCAGAGCCAGUUGAUGGUGCUGUUUCAACCACAAUAUCAGCAGAAGAGCAGUUUGAGCUGCCACUAGAGCUGCCUUCAGAUCUUUCAGUAUUAACCACUAGAAGUCCAGCUCUUCCUAGCCAGAACCAUAGCAGACUAAUAAGUGAAUCUCAGCUGUCCUCUACUGGUGAUAGAUCUCUUUUGGCUAUUACUGCAUCUUCAGAUACAGUGGAAAAAAGAGUAACAGUCACAGAGAAAUCUGGAACCCCUGGUGAUGGGGAUUCUUCCCUUUUGGGCCAAAAUGUGGACAGGGCCUCUGAAGGACACAUAACCCCAGAUAGGUUUAUCUCAGGGCAUAUAGAUCAAGAUCAUAUUUCUAGUCCAACUUGUGGACAGGUUGACCAUACAGUAACUCAAGAACGAGCACGAAAUAGUAGUACCCCAAACCUUCAAGUUUCAGUUUCCCCAUCAGUGUCAAUUCAAAACCAGAAAUAUAUACCCGGCUCUUCAGAAAGCUCGGGGACAUCACAAAUUUCUAGCAAUACCAUUCAAAGUACACCUCAGCAUCAUAAAUCCCCAGCUGAAAAACUUGUUGUAGUAAAUCAGAAUAUGCAGCCUCUUUAUGUCUUGCAGACAUUGCCUAACGGAGUUACUCAAAAAAUACAACUUGCCCCCACUGUUCCAACAGGCAGUAGUCGAGCAGAGGGAGAAAUGCCUGUUCUGAGUCCAAUGGGUGGAGGACUCACUUUGGCAACAGCUCUGAAUCCUACCCUUACUUCAUCUUUUCCUUCUGCCAGCAAAGGUCUUCUUCCAAUGUCUCACCAUCCACACCUUCAACCUUUCUCCAGUGGUCCCCAAACGACAUUCCUGCCCAACCUCAACAACCAGCCUUCUGGUCUUCUUAUUGGUGUGCAACCAUCCAGUGAACCUUCACUCUUAGUUUCAGAAGCAGGACAGAGAUCUGAUGUUGGAAGUACUUCCAACACAUCGCCUCCUGGUAUGAAUAAGAAAAGGCAGAUAACACGCUUGCAAACCCGAAAGACCAAAAAGUUAGCACCUUCUGUAUCUCCAGGGUCCAGACAUGCUCCAGAUGUUGUCUCCAAUAUGACUCUUAUAAACUUCACUCCUUCUCAAAUUACAGGUGCAUUAACUAGUCACACAGGUUUGAUUGACUUGGGCACCAUAGGAAAUACUACUCCACAUCGUAAUAUUCCCAGUAUCAUUAAAACAUCUAAAUCUGGAGUCAUGUACUUUGACCAGACUCCACUCCUCCCUCAGAGUGUUGGUACCUCAAGUUCUAUGAGCACUGCACCCAGUGUUAUUGGUUUGGAUACAGGUCAUCUACCGGGACAGGUCACAGGCCUAGCCACUGGAUCUCCUGUCCUAAAUGUUGUAUCCAUGCAACCAGCUUCUGCUGCUCCUCCUGUUUCAGGUCAUGUCACUUUGACUAGCCCAGGAAUUCUUAAUCCAUCAGAGUUGAAUUCAAUAAGUAAUUUCCUCAUUAAAACAAGUCCACAGGGUUUGAGUAUUCAAGAUAAUCAUGUCACGCUUCCCUCUGGAACAGGAAUGUUUUCUCAGUGUUCAACAUCUGCUACAAUAGCCACCACAUCCAGUAUAUGUGUGGUACCUAGUUCUCAGCCUGUUGCCAUGACUCUUUCCCAACCUAUUCAUGACCCAGAUGGUCAUUACCCACUUUCCCAUCACAUGAAUAGGCUCCUUAAUAGCAGACCACAAAUGCUUCCUGAACCAUCAAGUGAAACAAAUUCCAGGUCUCCAGCACUGCAGAUGUUAACAGAACCUGACACAAAAGUAACAGUUCCCACCUCUGCUCUUGGACUACAAAGAAAUAGUGUAAGAGUACAACAGAAAACAAAGAGCAAACCCAAGAGGCAAACUGCUCCAACUGACAAGACAAGCAGAAAAAAACAGAAGACUUUGCACCUCACCCAUAACCCUACCACAAUACGAGAAUCUGAAAGGGAUUACAAGACAGUGGCAGCAGAUCACAAAGGGGCCCAUGAGGAAAAAGUGGAUACUGGUGAAUUAAUGGUUCCAUCCACCAGAAACACUGCUGAGCCCACACUGCCUUCAGGACAAUUACCAGUUAUUACAGACCAAGAGCCCCUUCUAAAAGAUCUGUGUCAUCAAGACCCAAAACAUGAUGAUUCCAAACAGCGCGAAGAAGACACAGGGUUCAGCUCACCUCUAAUGAGACUUCUGCAACAAGAGCGAAACCGUCAAGGCAUUCCUACAAAGGUGAAACCCAAGACUGGACUAUUGUUUGAGAUAUCCAGUGAUGAUGGCUUUCAGAUUUCUGCUGGCAGCAUUGAAGAGGCCUGGAAAUCACUGACCGAGAAGGUGCAGGAAGCACGAUCUAAUGCCCGAUUGAAGCAACUGUCCUUUGCAGGUGUUAGUGGACUGAGAAUGCUGGGAAUCAUACAUGAUGCAGUUGUAUUUCUGGUAGAGCAGUUGUAUGGAGCCAAUAGAUGUCGUAACUACAAGUUCCGAUUCCACCGGCCUGAAGGUGAAGAGGUGCCUCCAAUUAAUCCGCAUGGGUCAGCUCGAGCAGAGGUUCACCGCAGGAAAUCCACUUUUGACAUGUUUAACUUCUUAGCAUCCAAGCAUCGCCAGCCACCAGAUUACAAACCAAAUGAUGAAGAAGAAGAGGAAGUACAGCUUAAGUCUGCUCGGAGAGCCACCAGCAUGGACCUGCCAAUGCCCAUGAGAUUCCGCCAUCUUAAAAAGACCUCAAAAGAGGCUGUGGGGGUUUACAGAUCUCCAAUACAUGGUCGUGGGCUAUUCUGCAAAAGAAACAUUGAUGCCGGAGAGAUGGUGAUUGAAUACUCUGGAAAUGUAAUUCGCUCAAUCUUGACUGACAAAAGAGAGAAAUAUUAUGAUGGAAAGGGCAUUGGUUGCUACAUGUUCCGUAUCGAUGAUUCUGAGGUGGUCGAUGCCACGAUGCAUGGAAAUGCUGCUCGCUUUAUCAACCACUCUUGUGAGCCCAACUGCUACUCUAGAGUCAUCCCUAUCGAUGGUCAGAAGCACAUUGUCAUCUUUGCCAUGCGAAAAAUUUACAGAGGGGAGGAGCUUACUUAUGACUAUAAGUUUCCCAUUGAGGACGCAAACAACAAGUUGGCCUGUAACUGUGGGACCAAGAAAUGUCGCAAGUUUCUGAACUAACUACAGCUCUUCCAUCACCCAAAUUAGAAAGUAGGCAUUUGCUCUGUUUCUUACACAGAUCUGGCUCACUUUUUUUUUGUUUCAGAUAAGCAGUGAGUACCAUCACGGUAACCUUCACUGCUGCAGUGGCCAGGAAUGAAACGCCGAUUGUCUACUUCUAAAUAACACGCAGUGCUGUAUAGUGAUGCUGAGUAUAUUUAUACACUCAAAGGGAGCAUGCUGUGCUGUAUAAUUAUGCAGAGUAUCCCUGUACAUCAUUUUGCUGUCAUUUGGCAGUGAAGAAUAUUUGAUAGUUUAUUUUCUAUUUUAAUCUAUUUUUGUAUGUACCUUACAUUGCAUGGCACUGCUGGGACUCAUAGCUGUGAAUAUGACCUGGGGAAAUGUGCUCAUAAUACCGAUGUGGGGGUUUCGACUCAAGCCUUUUUAUGUUCUGUCUCAUGGUCCUACCCCCACAUGUUUUAGAAACAACAGGAGAUAAUGGAUAUAGGGCUGAGACAUCUAUGGUUUUAGGUGUCUGUACACAGUGGGCUUCUGAAAUGUUGCAGGUCCUUGGUAUGAUUUGUUUGCAACCAAGUCAUUGUGGGUUGCAAGCAGGACACCUUUCUCCUACAGUCAUGUGCUGACAGCAUGGUUCUGGUCCUGGAGAAAAGGUUGAUCUCAAUAUGAACUGCAAGACGUCAAUGCAGAGGAAACAGUUUUACUUGCUUUAUGGCCAGUGACCAUUCACUCCAGGGUCCCUUUAUAUACCUCUUCCCCUCCACUAAGGUAAGCUCCUCCUGUGCUUAGCAGGCAGCGACAGUAUAUGCACUGACCAACACGGUAGUUUUAGAAAUAUUCAGGGACUUGUGUCUCUUGUUUUUAUUGCAGGUUAAUUAUAUGAGCAUGCUGGGGGCAUCCAGAAAUAUUCACAUUUUCUUGCAGUUAAUAUGAAUAAGGCACUUAAGGGGGUGGGCUACCUUUACAUUAGAUGCCUAUAUUAUGUCAAGUUGGCUUGCAUGGAAUUCCAGUACAUGGGAUGAACUGAAUUCCAGACCCUUCGUCCUCACAAAAAAAACCCAUGAAUAAUUAAGAGGCUUACUCUCUAUUCUCAAAGUCUGAAAACAACCUAAGGCAUGCAUAGUGUUCAUUCCUUGAAAUUUCAUCCAAGAACAUUUCAAAUCUCUGUUAGAAUAUACAGAACAGGAAUUGAAGUGGAAAGUAAGAGAAAUUAUGGAUGAAAAAUGUCUGGAGCAGGAAACCUUUGUUUGUAAGAGACAGUUGGAAAUACCAAAUUUCUCCCCUGAAAGUUUACUGUAGUGGGGGAACUACACAGUGCUUCAUUGCUCCCUACAGUGCAGACCCCUAAUAUCUUACAUUAUCCAAUCCCUCCCUGGUGUAUUUGACCAAGGAGAACAGUUUUCAAUUCCUCCAACACAAGCCCACUCGUGAGAUUUUCUUCACCUCCCAUGUUCCGUUUACAUGUUCUGUGUGUUGUUGUUGUUUUUUUGUAGUAGUAUUUAGGAAACGUUUUUUUACAAAAUGUAUAGACUCUAUUUUUCUAUUGGAAGCACUUAUGAGUAAAGGAAGCACUUAAAAUGGGGAGGGCAAGGACUAAAAAGAAUUUGGGUUCUUAUGGUUUAUUUUUGAAAGGGUAACAGAUUUUUUCUUUAAUCUGUAAAAUCUUAUUUUAUCACAGGCUGCUGCAGAGGAAAUAUUUUGGUUAGUAAUGGUGUCUUUGUCUGCCUCUCAUUCCUCUUCUUGUAACCCUUUGUUUUACAUUGGGCAUUUGCAGAACUGAUGAAUUUUAUAAUUAUGCGGUAUAGACACUGUGCCAUGAAUCUAUUCUUAGCAUUUCAUUUUUACGCAGAGUUUAUAGCUUGAUUUGUAUCCAGCAAACCUCUCUCAUUGCUGCGAGUAGGGAGAGAAAGUGUUUAUUCUGGGCCUAAUAAAGGAAUCCCCUAUGCAGAAUGGCAUGAACUGGAAACGUUUGAGUAAAUCCCUCUCUGCCCAGUAACACUACUGAUGUCAGUGGUCAGGAGGGAAUUUCUCCAGGAACAGUGUUUAAUACAAAUAAGCAAAGUUGUUUUGAUUAAAACAAUAAGAAAACACAUUAUCCAAAUAAUGACUGAAACAAGGUGACUACUGUCCCUCCAUAGUUAUUUUCUUUACAUAUUUAAGCCAAGCUUGUCUUAUAGAAUGAAACUUCUGAUAAUUUAAUACCAAAGGAAAGGCUCUCUAACAUGUACAAGUAUCUAUUUGAUUUCUGAUUGUCAUCUCCAGUAAACACUACACCUCAUUAAACAGGGGCACUAGUUCAUUUAACAGACUACACUUUGUCUCUGUAAUACACUAGUCUCUUCCCAAAGUUCUUAAUAUGCAGGUAUCGGAUCUGUUGCCUGGACCCAAGAUUUUACAGAUAAGGGGUUCUGUCUAUAAUGUGGAACACCAUGCCUUAGUUUUACUAGCAAAUGUUUAAUUUAUUAAUAAACACCAGCAUAGAUCUGAGCUAGCGUCAUUAUCAUUCAACACACGUGCAAAAAUCUGGCACAUGUUUGUAUUCCACUGAAGUUAAAUAGGAUAGUAAAUCAAAUAAAAUUUUGCCUGUUUUACAACAUUUAAAAAGUGUUACAAAUAUAUAUGUGCAUGCGUUGGAAAGUUGCUUAAAAUGACUUUCUUUAGACAAAAUGUAAUUUUUUUGACUUACAUCACUUGUAUCAUGUUGUGCCAAAUGUUCCAUUCCAUGAGAAUAUACAAGCAGCGUGUAUGUACGGCACAAGAUUUUUGACCAGUGGACUAGACCCGUCGUACUUAAGGAUCAUAAGGUCUAUGAUUACGAGGAAUCGGGGUUAAAUCUUCUUGGGGCUUGUUUGGCUAAAUGUCAGGGAUUCAAUUAGGCAGUUCUGAGCUUUACUAUAAAACUGACUUUAUAGAAUAUGUGGAAAUUCUGAUAUCACUUACCGCCACUGUAAGGGUUUUUCAAUCUGCCCGUUUAUUCAUUUUUGCAGGUAGCUGCAAUCUUACUUAGGUUGUAUUUACUGUCAAUUGUUUUGGAUCUUUUGGCAGUAAUGCAUAUGAACACCUCUGCUACUUGUAGUCUUGUAUCUGUUGCUUUUCCCCAGACAAGCCACCACAAUAGAAGUCUCAUGGUUAAAUAGCAGUGUGUUUAUUGUGACUAUCUCCCAGAUAUAUAGAUGUUACCAUUUUGGUGAUAGUUACCCAAAUAAAUCAUACGCGGCUGCCUUUACAUGCUAAACUUCACAGAAAACUGUCCCUUGGACUUUGUAGUGGCAGUUUGUGUGUGGAGAAGUUAUAGAGACAAAAGUACAGUAUAUAUAUAUAUAUAUAUAUAUCUCUAUCUCACACACAGACACACACACACAGAUAUGUCUGAGCCACUAAUCACAGUUAGGCUCGGGUAUAGUUUUUCCACAGCUGCUCUACUUUUUUUUUUUUUUGUCUGUAUCAUGUACAUUUAAAGGCAAAGUUAAACCAUAGACUCAGCUGUUAGAUGGAGAUGAUUAUUUAUUGUAUGAACCCAUAUGUAUCUGAUAUUUGAUAAAUAUUUGACAUUGUAAUUCUUCAACAGACUGGUAAAGUUUUCUUGUUUAGCAUCUAGAGUAAGUGCCACAUUGUAUUGCUUUCAGCAUAGAAUGUAUUUGCUGUUAAAAUGAAACACAACGUGCUCUUGUUUCAGGCAGUAUCUAGUAUAGUUCCCUCUGAUAUACAGCACAAUCACGAAUGGAUAAAGCCUCUACCAUUUCUUGUUGUGCAAUAAAUCUUUUAUUGAGCCUCUAUGGGAGGUGCAGACCCCCGAAAUGUUGUUCUGCAUCUUUAUGGUAAAUCUGGCUCAAUAAAAGAUUAAUGGCACAGUAGAGUGCUUUAACCGUUUAUGAUUCUGCUAUGUGAUGUGGCUGAGCAUCUAAGAAUAGCACCGCCGUGAAAACCAGCAUCCGAGAAGUGUGAGUAGUGCUCCCUUCCCAAAUAUAUUCCCUCUGAUAUACAGCCAUUUGCACAUUUCAUAGAAGUGCACUUUGCAUUGCGCCACACACCCAUACUGGAUCCAUGCUCUCCUACUGCAUGAAUGGAACUUCCAUGACUGCCUCUUUUGUGUCUAUAUAUAAAGUCAUAACUCCUAGUCACACAAACUAACAAAGUGCCUUCUGGAAAAUGGGAUGACACCUGUCCCAAUAACUGGGGAAAGACACUACUCUUAUUCUAGAGUAUUCCAAUACAAGUGCAAGUACAGUUUGGCUUCAAUAAUCUCACUAAUAUAAUGGCUCCCACAAACCAUAACAAUUCCAGUGCCCAAGAACGCACCAGUGUCCUCAUAGUAAUGUGUAUAGAGGUUUCCCUUACAGGCAGACUUGCUGGACAGACUUACACUAAUUAGCCUCACAGUUUAGCUGAUGUGACGUUCAAAUAAAGGGCAGAAAGCACCAGUUUCAGACUUUCCAUUACAGAAAUACUGUAUUCCUUCUCCGAUAUUGUGUUGCACCCUAUUCUAAAAAGCUCAUCGCACUGCUUGGGUGCAGCUCUCUUUUGUUUUGUAUUCUACACAGAGCAAUGUAUAAAUAUAAUGAAACAUCAUGGCUUACAUUGUAUUCAUUUCUCCAUUCAGUCGCACUAAAUUAUCCAAAGCAGCAAGGACAGAGCUAUGGGCAGAUGGUUCCUUCAGUAUUCUCUGUAGAGUCAUUUCUCUUAAUACAAGCUGGAGUCCUAUCAGGUUAACUUGUUCAGCCUUGUGGGGAGUUGUUCUGUUAGUUAGUAAUUCAGAUCAUUAUAAUUGUCAUAAAACCAUUCAGUGGCAAUUGUAACCAUUUUUGCAGGUCCAACACACAGUACAGGAGUCUUCUGCAAUAACUACAUCCAUUUCACGUGCUUCCUUCAGUGAACUUCAGUUUGCUGUCCCUGGAGGUUCCAAAUCUUUUGUUCCUGUAUAGUCAUUCUCUGUACAAAGUCUCAUCUCUUCUCUAUAUAUUCUGUUUCCGAAACUAUAGGGGCACUGGCCCAUGCAUUUAAUGUUGAAAUAAAACAAACUGGUGUUCUUGUGAUCUUUGACUCUGUUCUGAAUAUCUUACUAUAUAUCUGUGUCUUUCAAACCUGCAUCACAGGUGUAACACUUGGAUUUCUUUUGUUUUUUGAUCUGCUCACUCUCCAAGUGCCGCCCAGUGUAGCCUCUUCAUGCUCUUUCCUGCUGCUCUUCCAAACUCCCUUUUGUGUUUUAUUUAGUUCCACAGGUUUUCUUGUUUUAAUAUUUAAAGUAAACAAAAGAGGAAAGUGUCGUAGUUUAUCAGUGUUAUUUAAAAAAAACAAAAACAAAAAAACAAACGUAUACAAAAAAGGUAUCCGUUUUCACGGAGCUGAAGGAAAAAAAUGUACAACUGUUUCAUACUGAACAGGAAUUGUUGGGGGGCUGUUUGAAUGUAAAGUGUAUAUAGUUGUAAAAUUACUCCCAACAGAGUCGUUUUAAAAACAUGUUUGCUUUUUUUUCUAUGCACUUUUUUUAUUUAAGUGAUUAGUUUACUUAAUAAACAUGUCUGUUUUAUUGAUGUUAAAA